AUGGACUCGGCUCCUCGAUCAUCCUCGCGUCCACGCCCAUCCUCCCGGCCCACGACACCCCUACGCCCCAGCUCGCGCUCAUCCCUCCGCGAAGCCCACGGCUACGCGGGCAGCAUCAGCAAUGCCGGCUACACACAACCAGCUAUCAACGCGCUGGAGCCGCAGUUCGCCGAGCUGGCCGACUCCAUGGCCGAUCUCGAAGCCAAUUUCAUGCACCUGCAGCUGAUGCACGAGAGUCUGACGCGGUUCAGCGAGAGUUUCGCUAGUUUUCUGUACGGAUUGAAUAUGAACGCGUUCUGUGUGGAUUUUCCCGAGGCCCCGAUUGCCGAUUCUUUUCGCAGAGCGCAGCAGGCCGAAUCGCAGAAAGAUGAUCCGAUCCGAUCGACAGAAGAGGCGGAGAUGACUUUCCUAUCGACCGGUACCUCCUUUGUUGAGCAUCCGCCAAGCACCGUCUCCUCGAAACAGACCUCCAAACUCUCCGCGCCCUCACGGGGCUCAUCGCGCGGUACCACUCGCGGCGCAGCGACGAGCCGGUACGCAACACGCGGUGCCAGCGGGCACCGUGCUCGACCUAGCUCGCUCCCGCGGGGGAGAGGGAUGCGGUGA